CUUGCAUCGAAUCUCGACGCCACCACCUUCCAGUGACCACAUUCCUGUUGCUGGUUCUAAUUUAGACCUCGAACCAACGCCUCCUGUCAUCUUUUACUGUUUCCGGUUUCCGGUUUCCUUGGGUCCUAAUUUUAUUUGCCCAUCCUCUUUCUCCAAGAUCGGUCAAAUAUCUCUCCAUUCUGCGCCUUCAUUGAACCUUUGGCCCGACCUACUUCAAAUCACUCCCCGAAACUAUCACGACCACAAGGCAUCAGGCGAAAGUGCAGUCAGAAAAUACGCCUCAUCUUUCCAGUAACCAUGGCGACAAACGGUAAUGUUAAUCAUGGCCCUGCCGACCAAUUGGGGACUCCGACAUCUACAGUAGUGGAUGCCACGAGCACAGGCAGCUCGACUAGCAACCUCACUAAGGACGAGGUUGGUUGGUACUUCGUCGAGCAGUACUACACAACCCUUAGCAAGUCGCCUGAGAAACUCCAUCUCUUCUACGGAAAACGCUCCCAGUUCGUUUACGGUCUGGAGGCCGAAGUUGCCAAUGUUUCUGUUGGAAGACAGGCUAUUCAGGAUAAGAUCAAGGCCCUCGACUUUCAAGACUGCAAGGUCCGAGUCUCAAAUGUUGAUUCUCAAGCCUCCUUCGACAACAUCGUCAUCCAGGUCAUCGGCGAGACUUCGAACAAGGCGGGCGAGCCCAAAAAGUUUGUCCAGACCUUCGUUCUUGCACAGCAACCAUCGGGAUACUUUGUCCUGAACGAUAUCCUGAGAUACGUCAAGGAGGAGGGUGACGACGAGCCGGAAGUAGCCACCGAGAAGGAGUCAGCGCCGGCCAAGGAGUCUCGAGUCAUUGACAUUGUCACCGAGGCGGAGCCCGAGGUCUCAAAGCCCGAGGAACCCGUGGAGGAAGACAGGCCGGCUGAUCUGGAUGCCACCGUUAUUGACAAGAAGCUCGAGGAGGUUGGCGACACUGCGAAGGACGCCGCACCUGCCCCUAGCGAAGACACACCCUCUGAGCCUGCUAUCGAGCCAGUAGCAGCCCCCGCCAAGGCUGAGUCUGUGGCACCAUCGGCUGAUCCCGAGCAGAUGGCUCAGGAGAUUGCCGAGGAGGACGCAAAGAAGCCAGAGACUCCCAAAGACCCCAGCCCCACGCCAGUCGCCACCCGCGUUGCCGCCCCGGUUGCUGCAGAACCGGAGAAGCCGAAGGGCCCUCCAAAGCCCAUGACCUGGGCAAGCCGGGCGGCCGCAGCUGCUGGCCCACCUAGGCCGGCUGUGCCACUGCCCAAGACUGCCACCCCUCCUGCUCAAGCCCGCUCAGCUGCUCCUCCAGUAAGCCAGCAACCGGCCGCCCCGGCCGCCCCAGCCGCUGCCCCCCAAACGACUGAAGCUACCGCCGCCCCCGUCAGUUCGAAAGACCAAGGCAGUGAGUGGCAGACCGCCGGUGCCGGCUCGAAGCGACCGCAGUCUAUCUCUGGUUCGCCGGCCGAGAAAGAAGGUACCAUGGCAUACAUUAAAUAUGUCACAGAGAAGGUUAAGGCGGAGGAUUUGAGGGCCACACUGGCUGGUUAUGGCGAGUUGGCAUACUUCGACAUCAACCGCCAAAAGAACUGCGCAUUCGUCGAGUUUGCAACCCAGGCAGGCUAUAACGCGGCUGUAGCCGAAAACCCCCACACCGUCAAUGGUGAGAGCAUCGUUGUUGAGCAGCGACGACCGAAGGCGAACGCAUACGGAGGGAGCAACUACAAUGCCGGCCGAGGCGGGCUGGCUGGUCGUGGUCGUGGCGGGUUUGAUGGGAGUCGGUCUGCCAGCCAGGGGGGUCCACGGGGUGGGUUCACUGGGCAAUCCCGAGGUCGCGGUGGCGCUCCCCGAGGCCGGGGUGCUUCGCAGGCAGCGAAUGCUUAGGUCGCAACAACCGCCUAGGAGCAAAGCCAACCGUCUCCCAGGAAUAUGGACGAAGUCGCCAAGGUCCUGAUGGCUUCGGUUUUCGAUCGCCCGCAGGGCCGAAGGGAAACCCUCCAUCGUCAUUCAUUCGUUCAGUGC